AUGUUCCGUACCUCGGGACGCCAUUUGGCGCGCUGCGCCGGGUUGACUUUGAGGUCGAUUGCGCUCCCCGCCUCCCGAGCUGCUCGCAUUGCCCCGCGGGCGCCUGCCGCGACAGCCUUCCUCGCAGCCCGCAGAUACAACUCGACGAACAACCCGCAAAGACCAGAUCAGAACGACGACCAUGGAUCACAAGACUUCCGGCCGCGCCGGCAACUCCCCGAGGGAUGGGUGUAUCUGACAGAGGAGGAGAUGCAGCAGCUCCAGAAGUUCAUCAACAAUCUUCCCUCACCCAAUCAACGGGCUCAGAUGGCUGAGGCCUUUCGAGAGGUGAAGGAGAUUGGCGUUCCGGUCGAGCUCCGGGACAUCCUCCAGCGCGCCCUCAAUGGUGAGGUUCGCAUGCGGGAUGCGCUGCAGAUCCCCCGGAUCGCCUUCAAGAUCGUGAACGAGUUGUCAGAGCAGACGCUGGAUGCCAUCGACGCUGCCAAAAGAGACAGUAGCAUCAGCCGGGCGAAGCCGAACGACAGUGAGACAACGACAUCCAGCCAGCCUCAGCAGCAACAAUCGCAAGACCAACAGCAAGGACAAUUGUCGGCGCAGCAACGAGAACAAUCAUCAGUGCAGCAGCAGCAGCAGCAGCCGCAACAGCCUGCUCAGCAAGCACCGGAACAACAAGCCGCGCAACAGUCUCGGCAACAAGAGCAGCAGCAACAUCAGCAACAGUCGCCGCCGCCGUCACAGCAGCAGCAGCAGCAGCAGAGGUCUGCGCAGCAGCAACAGGUUCGACAACAGCAAAGACAACAGGGCGGCUCUGGCAAGGGCCAAAAGCCUGAGGGGCCUGGGGGCUAUGGCGGCGGCGGCGGAGGUGAUUUCAUUAUCCAGGCUCUCAUUGCACUCGCUAUCUACGCUGCCGUGCAGGUGCUUUGGGGCAGCGAGACUUCUCGGGAAAUGACAUGGCAAGAUGUGCGGUCUCAGUUCCUGGACAAGGGCUUGGUCGAGAAGCUCACGGUCUACAAGGACCGUGUUAAAGUGCAUCUGAAUGCCCAAGCGGUUCAGGCCGUAUAUCCUGACGGCAGUGUUAACCCCAACCUGGUCUACUACUUCUCCAUUGGUUCUGUUGAUGCCUUCGAAAGGAGACUGGAAGAGGCUCAGAGGGAACUUGGUAUACCACCUAGCGAGAGGAUACCGGUUACCUAUGCGCGCGAGGGUCAGAUGCAUGCUCUGAUCCAGGCGUUUGGGCCGACUCUUUUGCUCGUCGGCUUGUUGGUCUGGCUAACGCGGAAGGGCGUGAGCGGCAACAGCGGCUACUUUGGCUUCGGCAAGAGCCGGGCUAAGAUGUUCAACCAUGACACCCAGGUCAAGGUCAAGUUCUCCGACGUGGCUGGCAUGGACGAGGCCAAGACUGAGAUUAUGGAGUUUGUCAGCUUCCUCAAGAACCCCGAGCGCUUCCAGAGGUUGGGUGCAAAGAUCCCUCGCGGCGCCAUCCUGUCCGGUCCUCCCGGUACUGGUAAGACGCUGCUGGCCAAGGCCACGGCUGGCGAGUCGAAUGUGCCUUUCUUCAGCGUCAGCGGUUCUGAGUUCGUCGAAAUGUUCGUCGGUGUUGGCGCGUCUCGUGUCCGCGAUCUGUUUGCGACGGCACGCAAAAACGCUCCUUGCAUCAUCUUCAUUGAUGAAAUCGACGCCAUCGGCCGGUCGCGUUCCGAGGGCGGUGGGUUCCGUAGUGGCGGCAACGAUGAGCGCGAGGCCACGCUGAACCAGAUUCUGACCGAGAUGGACGGUUUCAAUACAACCGAACAGGUUGUGGUGCUUGCGGGUACCAACAGGCCGGACAUUCUCGAUCAGGCUCUGAUGCGUCCUGGUCGCUUCGACAGGCACAUCCACAUCGACAGGCCGACGAUGAAGGGUCGUCAAGACAUCUUCAAGGUGCACCUGCGCAAGAUCAAGACCAAUGAAGACAUGGAGUACCUCUGCGGCCGUCUUGCUGCCCUGACGCCUGGCUUUGCGGGCGCCGACAUUGCCAACGCUGUCAACGAGGCUGCGCUUAUUGCUGCCAGAGCCAACGCGGAGAGCGUGCAGAUGAUUCACUUCGAGCAGGCCAUUGAGCGUGUCAUCGGCGGUCUGGAGCGCAAGUCACUGAUCCUCAGCCCCGAAGAAAAGAGGACAGUUGCGUACCACGAGGCUGGCCAUGCCAUCUGCGGCUGGUACUUCCGGUGGGCAGACCCCCUGCUAAAGGUGUCUAUCAUCCCUCGUGGUCAAGGCGCUCUGGGUUAUGCACAGUACCUGCCGGCCAGCGAUGCCUACCUGAUGACGGAGAACCAGCUUAUGGACCGUAUGGCCAUGACGCUUGGUGGCCGCGUUUCUGAGGAGCUGCACUUCCCGACAGUUACAACGGGCGCCAGCGACGACUUCAAGAAGGUCACGCGCAUGGCGACGACCAUGGUGACGCAGUGGGGAAUGUCGAAGAAGCUUGGCCCGUUGCACUACAACCAGGACCAGAACCAGCUGCACAAGCCGUUCGCCGAGGCCACGGCGCAGGAGAUCGAUGCUGAGGUCCGGCGCAUCGUCGACCAGGCCUACAAGCAGUGCAGAGACCUGCUGGAGGCCAAAAAGAAGGAGAUUGGUCUUGUGGCCGAGGAGCUACUGCGCAAAGAGGUCCUGACGCGCGACGACCUUGUGCGGCUGCUCGGCCCACGCCAGUGGCCUGAGAAGGAGGAGUUUUCCAAGUACUUCGACGGCAGCGGUGGCAAGAGCACGACGCCGCCAUUCCCUACCGAGAGCACCGACUCGCCGCCUGUCAGCGGACCGGAGCCGGCGGCCUUUGAGGAGCAGAAGCCACAGGAGGAGGGAAAUGAGGCUAAAAGGUGA